GCCGUUGCGAGUGCGAGUCGACAAGUUCAGCAUGAAAUUGGCACGGAAAAUAGUUUUGUGGAUUUUGCCACUCUUCCUGCUGAGUUUCCUGCUGACCAUUAGUGAGGCCUAUUUGGACAAUGUGCGUGUGGAGGAGAUACCCUUUAAGCGAAUGCAGCCGCGUGCAGCCAGCCUGAAGGGCAGACGUCCAGGUGGCAUCCAUCUGAUCUCCAGCCUGGAGCAUCAGCGCACUUUUCUCCAUCUGUUUCAUGUGCCCUAUAUCAUUUGUUUCUAUGCCGCCAAGGGGAAAUGGCCCUAUGUGCCAGGCUUCAUGAAGGCGCGCGUGGAUAAUGCCGCCAAGAGUUUCUUUCAUCAGAAUGACAGUUUUAUUAAGCAAUUCUGCACCAAGUGGAUACAGGUUAAGGAGUGUUUUCGGCCCAUCUUUGAUAAAUCUAAUGGAACGGAACUGGAAUUGGAGGCGCAGAAGCAGAAGGAAACUUGUAAUUGUGAAAAGCUGGUAGCAACGGAACCGCCAGUGCCCGUUGUCUAUUUUGAUAAGAACUACAUUGGCAAUGUCAGUUCAGAGACCAUUUUGACCACCAUCGAGUUUCUUGAGAGUUUUUUGCCACCACCUACCAAAAAACACAAGCGCAAGAAUCGUGUGCGUGGGCGCAUUGAUGAAAUGGAUAUUGAAUGA